GGGAAAGGAAGCCUCCCCAGAAUUCCACAGCAUGUGCACUGCAGAGCUUUUAAAGAGCCACCAAGCGGCUAGUCCUCGGGAGGUUGCUUGGAGUUAAAGAAGGGGGCUGUUUGCUUCCAGCUGAAGGGUUUGUGGACACCUCAGGCCACUUCUCGUGGACGGAGAGUUAUUACCACUCCACCAUGUCUCAAGGCUCGCAGACGAGAGAUUUCCUCAACCCAGAAGUCUUCCAGCACCUCUGGGAUAUCCUGGAGCAACCCAUCUGUUCAGUUCAGCCAAUUGACCUGAACUUCUUGGAGGAGCCGACCGACAAUGGCCCCGCGAACAAAAUCGAGAUCAGCAUGGACUGUAUCCGGAUGCAGGAUGCGGACACAGGUGACCCCAUGUGGCCGCAGUACACGAACCUGGGGCUUCUCAAUAGCAUGGACCAACAGAUUCAGAAUGGCUCCUCCUCCACCAGCCCGUACAACACGGAGCACGCUCAGAACAGUGUCACGGCGCCCUCGCCCUACGCUCAGCCCAGCUCCACCUUUGAUGCCCUCUCGCCUUCCCCGGCAAUCCCUUCCAACACAGACUACCCAGGACCCCACAGCUUUGAUGUCUCAUUUCAACAAUCCAGCACGGCCAAGUCAGCCACGUGGACGUACUCCACCGAGCUGAAGAAGCUGUACUGUCAGAUCGCCAAGACGUGUCCCAUUCAGAUCAAAGUGAUGACUCCCCCACCUCAAGGGGCCGUCAUCCGUGCCAUGCCAGUGUAUAAGAAAGCCGAGCACGUCACAGAGGUGGUGAAACGUUGCCCCAACCACGAGCUCAGCCGGGAAUUCAACGAGGGCCAAAUCGCUCCUCCUAGUCACUUGAUCAGAGUUGAAGGAAACAGCCACGCCCAAUACGUGGAAGACCCCAUCACUGGGAGGCAAAGUGUCCUUGUGCCUUAUGAACCACCCCAGGUUGGGACAGAAUUCACCACAGUCUUGUACAACUUCAUGUGUAACAGCAGCUGUGUCGGAGGCAUGAACAGGCGUCCGAUUCUGAUCAUUGUGACACUUGAAACGAGAGAUGGGCAAGUCCUGGGACGUCGGUGCUUUGAGGCUCGGAUCUGCGCUUGCCCCGGCAGGGACCGCAAAGCGGAUGAGGACAGUAUCCGGAAGCAGCAAGUCUCCGACAGCACAAAGAAUGGUGAUGGUACGAAGCGCCCUUUCCGGCAGAGCGCGCAUGGCAUUCAGAUGACGUCGGUCAAAAAACGGCGCACUCCAGAUGAUGAGCUGCUCUACUUACCAGUGCGAGGCCGCGAGACCUACGAGAUGCUGCUGAAGAUCAAGGAGUCUCUGGAACUCAUGCAGUAUCUUCCCCAGCACACGAUUGAGACAUACCGGCAACAGCAGCAGCAGCAGCAUCAGCACCUGCUGCAGAAACAUAACUCCAUCCAGGCGCAGUCUUCGUAUGGCUCCAGCUCUCCACCCCUUGGCAAGAUGAACAGCAUGAACAAGCUGCCGUCCGUCAGCCAGCUCAUCAACCCCCAGCAGCGCAAUGCCUUGACGCCCACUACCAUCCCUGACGGCAUGGGAGCCAACAUUCCUAUGAUGGGGGCCCACAUGGCGAUGGCUGGUGACAUGAACGGACUCAGCCCCACACAGACUCUGCCCCCUCCCCUCUCCAUGCCGUCGACGUCCCAUUGCACCCCGCCGCCCCCCUACCCCACAGACUGCAGUAUUGUCAGUUUCUUAGCCAGGCUGGGCUGUUCCUCCUGCGUGGAUUAUUUCACGGCGCAAGGGCUGACCACCAUCUAUCAGAUUGAACACUACUCCAUGGAUGAUCUGGUGAGCCUCAAAAUCCCUGAGCAGUUCCGCCAUGCCAUUUGGAAGGGCCUCAUGGACCACCGGCAGCUGCACGACUUCUCCUCCCCGCCCCACCUCCUGCGCACACCCAGUGGGGCCUCCGCAGUCAGUGUGGGCUCCAGCGAGACCCGUGGCGAGCGCGUCAUCGAUGCUGUGCGGUUCACGCUCCGCCAGACGAUCUCCUUCCCUCCUCGCGACGAGUGGAGCGAUUUCAACUUUGACUUGGAUGCUCGACGCAAUAAGCAGCAGCGCAUCAAGGAGGAAGGGGAGUGAGACGGCCCGGGGUCUCCUCUGCCCCUCAUCCACACCGAUGGACCUCUUGGCUGCUUUUGCCUGUUAUGCUACCCUUAGAUGGUGUGAGGGGCAAGGAAGGGAGGGUAGUUCUUGCCCUUCGGCGCUUGCUGUGCCUGCCGUUCUGGCCUGCCUGCCUUCGGGGCUUGUGGCAUCCAUGCUUUGUUUCAGAGAUGGCCAUUCCGCAUUUUCUCAUAAGCCAUCGCUUCUGUGUGUGGCAAGGGGGAGGGUGGCCUUGAUGGCUUUUGUCCAGUAAGGAUUGGUGUCUUGUACUGGUGGAUCUGGGAAGCCAAGGAUCUCCUUUUAGAAUGGUAGCUUCUCACACUGGUGUGGCACUUAGUUCUCCAGCUUCUGCUGAGCCAGGCAUGCCUCCUGUGGCUGUUUCAGCCUUUUAGAGUCCUCGUCCGAGGAUGUGAAGUGCCAAAGGCAGCCUGCGAUCUGGCCUGGCCUGGCCUCGUGGAUUUGACGGUUGCAGAGUUGAAUGGUGAGGGCUAUGCUGUGCCUUACAGUUCGUUUGGCCGUUGCAUGCUCUGUUUAGCACCUCUGCUCACCUGGUUGCAGCCCCACGGAUGGUGGCACCUGGGGCCUCCAGGGGCUGAAGUGGGACAUCUCCACUUGCCCAUGAGCUGUGGUCAGACUUGAGACAACCAGCCCUUUCACAAGCCACGUCUUUCCAGCCCUUUCACAAGCCACGUCUUUGAAUGAGCCACCUGCGUGGCAUGACGCUGCCGGUCCAGUCAGACAUUUUCUUGUGGCUGCAAAAUGCCACAUCAUGUCACUUAGUUCCCUGCAGGCCCUGUUUCUCCCCUGGGUAAGCUGGUUCUCUGCCCCUUGGCAGCCUGGCAGACACACGAACAGUGGGGCAUGGGGCGGGGGGCAGAGUUCUAAGGAAGUUCCGCCUGCCUUGAGUCCUGUUCAAAUCAGUGAGACGUGGACACUUGCCUGGGUGUGCAAGGGUGUGCAAGGUCUCGGUCUGAGCCAAAAUCCUGUCAUUUUGCCGCCAACACUCCACUUCACAGAUGGCAAAACUGGGGGGGGGGGGCAGUUUUGAGGGGUGGGGGAUCAAACAUUGCCAGUGGAGAGAGCGGUGCAAAACUCUCAGUGUGGGAAAUAACCACUCUUCCGCCCCAUGUUUUGGGCUUGGUAUUUGAUUUCACCACGACUUGAGCAGUCUUCCCUCUAACAGGGAUCCCCAGAGGUUGUUGGCUACAGCUCCCAUAAUUCCCAGCCAAAGACCUCUGCAGCUGGGGGUGCUGGGAGUUGUAGUGAACAACAUCUGAGAAUCCCUAUUAGAGGGAACCCUGGAGCCUGCCUGAUACUCUCCGAUUUGCCACCCAGACAUCCACGUCUGGCAUAGGAUUGCUUCAGGAAUUGUGCCUGGAAGAUUUAACGGGAUUAAAUGAAAUUGGAUAUAACCUUUCCCCACAACUUGAUGUGUGUGUGGGAUGUAAUUACCAGGGUGCUCAGUGUGGCACUCGCAACAUGGGUGGGGGCUGGAAUCCAGCCUCCCUGUCAAGGGGGCCGACCUGAGCUGCAGCUGGUGAUCCUCAGGCCGGCUGCCCCUGCUCCACAUGACGGAGGAGUCCCCCUCUGUCCUGGCCCUCCAUUUCCUCCUUCCAGCAGCUAGGGAGGGGGAACCUGCAGGAGGCAGAAUGGCUGCAGUCCAGGAGGCAAGUGAGUGGCCCCACAGAGGCCCUGCUCAAGCAUCCUCCCCGGGGAGAGAAAGGGCUGGCCGGCCCUGGGACUCUCUGGGAAUUGUAGCCCUCUUUCGUGGGCACCAGUUUGCAUGUUUAGUUUAAGUGCCUGGGUCAUCACUAAGAGGGGUGUUUCUCUCACAAAGAUGGGAGUGGGGAGAGGGGCUGGGCCAGUUCGGUGUUGUCCCCAGUUUCGCCUUAGGAAGCCAAUCCAGUGAAACAGGCAGGGAGCCUUAAGUAGUACCUUGCUAGGACUUCCCUGCAAGCAGGUGGCUGUGCUGCCUCUUCCUCUCGAGGUGCCCAAAGGCCGGGGUCUUUGCAGACAGGGUUUAUCUUGAAGAAAUCCCACAAUAUUGGUUCUGCAUGGAUUUUCACUUAUGACUGCCAUGGGGGACUCUUUAAGCAAAAUCCUGGAUUCUGUUGGUCCUCGCCUGGGGUUUUCUGCCUGCGAGAGUUUUGUGGGAAAUCCUUCCCUGGAUAUGCUCUCAAGAUGAGUGAUUCCGAGGGUAAAUUUCAGCAAGCCGCUUCUUUAGGGUUUUCUGCUUUUCCUCAUGGUCACGGCCCCCUCCGGGAGACCUAGUUUCCAUUUGACCUCCAUUUGUGCCUUGACUUAGGGCUUUGCAUGGAACUGGCGGGGGGGGGGGGCAGCUUGAAGGUGGGGCGGAUACCUUUCAGGGAGGGGAAGGGUGCUCUUACCCCUCCCGCUACAUUUCCCCCACUGGGGCUGCACUUUACAAGGGUCCAGCAGGGCGGUAGAGCUCCUCCUGGCCGCCCGGUGCCUCCUCGGACUGGAAGUGACCUGAAGUAUCGGACGCAUGGGUACUUCUGGUCAACGGGGCAGCAGGGAGGUACGCUGCCGCCCCACCGGACCCUUUUAAAGUGCAGUGCCGGCAGGGGAAACGUGGCGGGAGGGGUAAGAGCACCCUCCUGCACCCUUAAAGGUAUCUCUCCCCCCCCCCCCGCCUUCGAACCAGCCAAACCGCCAGUCAUUCAAGCCUGUUCGGAGGCCUGUAAAGGGGUCUCCAAACAGGUCCGUGCACAUCCCUAGCAUUGACUGCAAGAGGCACGGGACCUUAUGGGGAAAACAGCUUAGCUCAAAAAGUUUUUCCACUCCUUGUGCACCCAAAGCGGUUUGCAAACUCUCUACUGCUUCUGCUGUGAACUCAGCCAUGCAAGAGCCUGCUAACUGUCUGCAGCAACAAUACACUUCCUUGGCACAUGCUUCUUAUAGCAAUUGCUGCAAAUCUCUAGUGCCCCCCCUCCCCAUCCUGGUCGCCGCCUGCUGUUUACUGCCAAAUACACACAGUUCUGUGUGUCUCCACAGCGUGAUGCAAAGCAUUCUUCCCUGUACAUUUUGUAAAUAUGGAAUUGUUUUGUAUGUAUAAUUUUUAUCAUUUCCCUCAUGGCUGAUUUAAUUGAUAUUCUUUUUGUUGUUGUUGUUGUUUUUCCUUGGGAUUUGGGGCCUUUCAGAACCACAUUUUUUGUUUUUUAAUUUUUUGUUCUGUUUUUUAAAAAAUCAUUUUAAUGGGAAAGGCUUUCUGCAUUAACAACUUUCAAAAUGGUAGUGAUGUUCAUGUUACUGUGGUGUCUGUGUUCAGGAUACACGACGGACGGGGAGGUCGGGAGAGCGUGAUCGCUGAAUCCUCCCUCUCUGGGGUGGGGGCGGGUGGGGGUGGGGCUGACUUCAAGGGGCAAGAGUCCUAAAUUUCAAAGCUUAUUUCAUUUGCUCAGCUUAAGUGGCGGACACCCACAAGUUAUUCACAACUUGUAACAAGUAUUAAGUUGAUGAUAAAUACUCUGUGGAUGCCAGUGUAAAUAAAAGCCACAUUACAAAAGC